UUCGAUGUCAUCUCCUUUUACAUAAGGCCUAAAGUACAGGCAGCAAAAGCAUGGGCUUUCUCACUCUAUCGUCUCCGCUCUCUCUCAUACCAGAGUGCUAGCUCACCAAUAAUGGCCGCUCUCUCUCUUUUACCACUUCCUUCUCUCUCUUCUCUCUCUACAAAGAAACCCAUUCACAUUAGAAAACAUGGGUUCUCUAUGUUCUCGAAGAGACUCUCUUUAUCUCCUGUAACCGCAACUCCAGAUAAUGGAGCAGGUCUGGUGGGUUCUACUGUUGUGGAGGAGAAACAAGUAAAGGAAGAAAACCCACCUCCAAACUUGGAAGAGAAAAGAGAAGCCCAAAGUUUGAAUGGUGUGGCUACUGUUGCCCCUAAAUUUGGAGACCCAAGGUGGGUCAAGGGAUCGUGGGACCUGACACAGUUUGCAAAGGAUGAGAAGACAGAUUGGGAUACUGUCAUUGAUGCUGAGGUUAAAAGACGGAAAUGGCUUGAAGAUAAUCCAGAAUCUUCGAGCAAUGAUAACCCUGUGGUGUUUGACACCUCCAUCAUUCCUUGGUGGGCAUGGGUCAAAAGGUUUCACCUUCCAGAGGCUGAGCUACUUAAUGGCCGUGCUGCUAUGAUAGGGUUUUUCAUGGCUUACUUUGUGGAUAGCUUGACAGGCGUUGGCCUUGUGGAUCAGAUGGGCAAUUUCUUUUGCAAAACUCUUCUUUUCAUUGCAGUGCUUGGAGUUCUUUUCAUCCGAAAGAAUGAGGACAUCGAAACCCUAAAUAAACUUGUGAAGGAGUCGACAUUUUAUGAUAAGCAAUGGCAAGCGACAUGGCAAGAUGAACCAUCUGGUGAUUCAGAGAAAGACUAGUUGCCCCAUGAAUCCCUCCCUUUCUAUAUGACCCCUAUUACUUUACUUUCUUGUAUUUUAUCCAUAUUUCAUGUCUUUUAUGUAGAGGAGAGUUUUGCUUUUAUUUUCCUUUUCCUUUAGGAAUGGAGUUAUAUUGUUGUCUUUAAAGAGUUUAAAGCAUCUCAUCAUCUCAUGUUUCAAUUAGAAUAAUUUGUUUCCACCUCAGCGUUCAAUUCAGUGAAUCAUUUUGAUUGCUUCAUCA